AUGGCACCUCCAACAAUUGAAGUAAAGUCUCCGCACGUGUCGGACGCCUUCCUCGCUUCCUUUCUUGCAUCGGAUUUCGACGCUGCCGACUACUUCAAUCAGAAUCUCCCUGCGUUGUCCCCUCCCAAUUCCGCGAGUCGUGGCAACUUGGGCCGUGGUGCGCUGCUGUCGGACAUCGCCUCACAGCUACAAACGCAGCUGUCACAGAUCAAUGCUCACACAUCACGCGUGUCAAAUGGCUUGACUAGACUCACCGAUGAUAUCGUUCGCAGCGGUGGUAAGUUGGUAUACGAGGUUGAACUUCUCCGCGGCGAAGCCUUGAGCACGAACGAUGCCAUCUCGGUCCGACUCAAGCAGGACAUGGAUCUUCUAGCACCCGCACCACAGCCUUCGGAAAUGGACCCCGCGAGUGACACCACAGCCGGGAUUGACGCUGGACAAAGCGAUCAAGGAGACAGCGAACCAAUAGCCAUGACAGCCUCACCAGUUGCGAAAAGUGGCGCAGAAUCGGAGCCCGAAUUCCUUGUUCGUCUUCGCACACUGACCACAAUCCGCAAUCGCUUAGAUGCCGUGGUGAAGAUAUUCGGGUCCGCCAUGCAGUGGCCCGUAGCAGCCUCGGAUGUUGCGCCGAACUCAUCUGGCAUCAUCUCUAUAUCUGCACCAGGAUCGGAUGAUCCAGAUCGGGACGGAAAGGCAAAGGCAUACUUAGACAACCUACAAAGCGAGAUCACUGCAUCACUGGCUGCAGGCGUGGAUGGUCUGGAAGUUUCAAGUACCAAGGUAUACGAGAUGAGGAUGUUAGCAGAGGUCUGGAAAGGUACUUCGGAAGAGAAGGCUAGAACAAAGGUGGUAGAAUUAUUGCAAAAAAUGGUCGAUGACAAGGCAAAGACUGUAGUGCAAGGGCGGAAGCCGGGAUCCUCACAGCCAUCAAGGCUUGUGGAUUACAGAUAUGGAGGAUUUGACGGUUCUGCCGUGGCGUCCAAGAUCACCAAGACUGCGACCGCUGGAGGCUAUGGCUUCCUGCAGAAUCUACGUGAUUUCAAGAACGAGAUGUACGCCGAUUGA